AUGGGAAGAGCUCCAUGUUGUGACAAAGCCAACGUGAAAAGAGGGCCAUGGUCUCCUGAAGAAGAUGCAACCCUCAAAAACUACCUUAAGAAACAUGGCACAGGUGGUAAUUGGAUAGCACUCCCAAAAAAAGCAGGCCUUAGGCGCUGUGGGAAGAGCUGUCGUUUGAGAUGGCUCAACUAUCUCAGGCCUCAUAUCAAGCAUGGAGGUUUCACUGAGGAGGAAGACCAAGUUAUCUGCACCCUCUAUGCUACCAUCGGAAGUAGGUGGUCAGUUAUAGCAGCACAGUUACCUGGGAGAACGGACAAUGAUGUGAAAAAUCACUGGAACACUAAGUUAAAGAAAAAGUUUUUGGCACCAAACACCAAUGCCCCUGGCAACACUGGUUGUCCACAAUUCUUAACUUCAAGUACUCCUCAGUCUCAAGUUGAACACUUUGUCUUCGAUCAUGAGAACUCAGUUAAGUCCCAUGUUUUGGGUUUGGAGCAAACACCAAUUACAGCUCCUUUACCAUUGCCUUUGGAACCGGAUGCUUCAGUUCUUGGCAGUGGUUGUAAAGUACCACUGGCUGAGGAAGUUUCACUUCUUUCAAAUUCAGCUUCCUUUGCAAAGGUGAACAGUGGUACCCAAUGGUUUGGAUGUUAUGACCAUGAAGGUGAAGAUGAGGCAAUUUUGCUUGAUUAUGUGUAUGAAGAUCUCCUCCGUAAUGGGUUUGUUUCUCAAGAUAACAGCAUGUGCAACCAAGUUGGCCCAUCAUCUGACUAACCAAGACUCUUUCUCUAGUCAUCAAAAGCUUCCAAAAAACAUUAGCAAAAUUUCAGAAGAGAAAAGAAAUAUAUUAGUCAAAAUCCAUGUCAUGGAUAUUGAUUUCCCUAUUGACUAUAGUAUUAGUACCAGUAAUUAAAUACAUUUCAAAUGUGGACUAUGAUUUGAAUUUUAUUAAAGUAGUUAGGUUUGUGUGGAAUUAUGCAAUCUUCGGCAGGUAAAUUUCAAACAUAAUGAUAGUAGGAUCACUGAAACUACAAUUUAGUUAAGGAGUGCUAGUGGCAAUUUUUACUUU